AUGGGAUCGCUGCGGAUGCAAAACCUGGCUGUGCUACCGUCGUCUUCCUCCUCGGCGGCUCCACAGAGAAGCGGAAUUCGACCAAGGCUCCCCAACAUCACCAAACCCAAGAACCAGAGCCUCUCUGUGCAGAAACUCCCCAUGAGGAUUCCCGUAGAGGAGUUCAUGUUCCUACAGCUGACGAACCCUCCGAUCGGUCAUGCGGAGCAAGCGGAGCAGGCGUCGACGUCCUGCGCAGGCGAGGGAGACCAUGGAAACACAGCCAAGCUCUACGCAAUCAUGGAGGCGGCUGCAGAUCGGGCGGCGAUGCACGACGCCAUCGGUGUUCAGAGAGACGGCUGGAACACCCUCCUGCUCAACUCCCUGAACUCCAUGACCCUUGCGGCCUCCAUCGCCGCCGGGUUAUCGGCCAUGGAGCCCCACCAGGGGGCGCUGAAGGUUUCCUCCGCUAUUCUCUACUCCGCCGCCACGGCGAUAUCCCUCGUGGUGAACAAAAUCCAGCCGUCCCAGCUUGCAGAAGAGCAGCGCAACGCCGCCCGCCUGUUCCGGCAACUGGAGAAGAAGAUCCGCACCGCAAUCGCCGUCGGCGGCUCCACAGUCGCCGAUGUCGAGGACGCGUUGGAGAGGGUGCUGGCUCUAGACAAGGCCUAUCCGCUCUCCCUUCUCCCGGGGAUGCUGGAGAAGUUCCCCCAGAAGGUGGAACCCGCCGCCUGGUGGCCGGAACGCCGCCAGCCUAGUCGGAACCGGCUAUCCACCGGGAAGAAAAAUGGCUGGAGCGAGGGGCUAGAGUACGCCAUGAACGGGGUUCUCAGGACGCUGAAGAAGAACGACACGGCGGAGUACGUGAAGCUGGGGGAGCUCGUUCUGGGAAUCAACAGCGUCUUGGCGAUCUCCGGCCCUCUGCUCACCGGACUCGCCGCCGUCGGAGCGAGCAUGAUGGGCCCCGGCGUCUCGGGGACAUGGCCGGUGCUUGUGGCAGUGGUGGGGGGCGCCCUAGCCACGGUGGUCAACUCGUUCGAGCACGGCGGGCAGGUGGGGAUGGUGUUCGAGAUGUCCAGGAACUCCGCGGGUUUCUACAGGGAGAUCGAGGAGGAGAUCCAGGUCAACUUGGGGGAGGAAGAGGAAGACAAGAGGGAGUACGGUGAGCUUUUUGAGCUGAAGACGGCCCUGAAGCUCGGCCGGAGCCCGGCGGAGCUCCGGCGACUGGCCUCCCACUGCUGCACCAGGGAAAGCGAGAUCAGUGAAUACGCAGGGAGGCUGUUUUAG